CGGCGAGACGUUUGGUUAUAUUCAUAACAAACAACGCACUCCUCACGUUCCUCAUCCUCAUCGUCUUCGCCUAAAAAGCUCCCACACCUUCAAAACAAAAAAAAACUUUCUCCGGAUCUGCAUCUCCGUCAACGACUCCGAUCAAUUUCAAUCAGGUUUUCUAGAUUCAAUCCAAUUUCUCUCCCUCCGUUGCUCAAAACAUGACCUUCCUUAUUGUUUAUGGUUCGGAUUCGCCUCCUUAGCUCAUCCUCCGCCUUGGAUUUACCGUUUUGACCUUAUUCGAUCGAAAUGAGUCUCUGGAGAUAUAUUGUUCCUUCGUUUAUGCGAUGGAUCUAUGCGUUUCUGAUAUCAUCAACGAUCCUCCCUCUCAAUUUUACAUUGAAAAGGUAACUUUGUUAAAUCGAGGGAAAGAUGUCUACCGCAGCCAAGACCAAAUCUAGAGACAAGAAGGUUGUGAACGAAUCACAGAAGACACCGAGUAAAGCCACCAUAGGUGCAAUAACUACUGGUGGUGCUUACAAUCCUCUUUUGGGCACUUUCCAACCCCCCACCGUUGACUCAACUGGCUCCUCCUCGUCGCUUCACAGUAACGGCCGUUUCAGAAACAUAGACGAGUCGGAUUCCAACUGUGACUCCGCCUCUAAUAACGGUAGCUGGUCUGGUGACUCGGAAGACCACAAAGAGAAAGCAGCGCCUACUACCGCGAAACAGGAGACCAUUCCCGGAGCUGAUAACAAUGACAAGCGGGAGAAGAUGCGGCUCAAGAACGAGAGAAAGCACCAGCGUCAGAAGGAGAAGCGAGCUCAGGAGUUGCACGAGCGGUGCUGUCAGUUCCUCAUGUCGAGGAAGCUCGAGGUCCUUGCUCAGAAGCUCAUAGGUAUGGGGAUUCCUCAUGAGAGGGCGACUUACGCUCUUAUGUUGAAUGAAGGGAAGCUUGAGGAGUCCAUUAACUGGCACUUUGAUGAUGGUGGGGCGAAUGUAGCGGAUAAGAAGCUGGAUCCUACCUCCGGGAACUUGAAACUUGACAUAUCACAAGAGUUGAGUAGAAUCUUGGAGUUGGAAACUAAAUAUAAGUGCUCCAAGCAGGAUGUAGAGAAAGCUGUGGUUACAGCAGAAGGGGACAUUGAGAAAGCAGAAGAAUCAUUAAGAAGACAGAAGCAAGAGCAGUCUGCUGCUUCUAUAAAAGUAGAGGAUGUUAGUAAUAGUGCUUCUGCUAGCAAAGUCUCUUCUGUGCAUACAAGUCAGAGCUCUGUAGCCGCCCAGUUGCAACCUAACUCAGGUAUGUAUCAUCAUGCAGGGGGCGAAGUAGAGAGAAAGAAUAUAGGUUACCCGAGAGGAUCCAGCUAUAUUAGUGGAGAAUCUGGAAACCAAAGUGUAAAUCCGAUGGAUAAAAUUAACAUGAGAAUGGAGUUGAUGAAAAUGCAACAGAACGCUGCCAUUGAAGAGAAGAAACGCAUGUCGUAUCAACCACAACCACUGCAACGGCCAACAGAAGGACCACAUUAUGUGGCGGCUCUAGGUGAUCAUCAUUUCAAGAGAGUACAGCAGCAAGAAAUGAGGGAACCAGUUACGGUGAUGCAACAACAACGAUCUCAAUCCGCUAAAACAAAUGUGUUACCUGUCUCUACCAUGAAUACAUCCUUUACCGUAGCAGCUACAGCAGCAGCAGCAGCAGGAGGCAGCGGUUGGUACCCUGCAAAUAGAUCUGAGGUGGCUCAAUCCAACGGGUACUUGCCCACAAGAACUCUGCCUCCUACUGAUCUUAACCCAAACCUAAUGUACCAGCAGCAACUUCAGUAUCAACAAUAUCAAGGCCAAAUGAACAAUGGACACAGAAUGGCAGGGGCUUCUUCACCGCAUACUGUGGCUCCAGCUGCUUCUCUUGGGCUCUUCUCGGGCUAUGGAUCAACACCUUCAUCUGGGCUGGAGUGGAGUACAGAUGGGUCAGCAGCCAAAUCGGAUUACAACAACAUCGAUUGGAGUUUAGACAGAGGCCUAGCUUGUCCGAGACCAAACCAACAGCAGUACAUGGAAGCAUCCCCAUACGAAACAAACAUGAAUGGAAGGACAAGGAUGAUGGGGAACGGGAACGGGAUGAGCAUGGCAAUGGGAGCUCAGGAAGCUGCUUUAGUAGGGAAUGGGAGAGAGUGGACAUCACCGUUUGAGGGUAAAGAUCUGUUUAGUUUGUCUAGACAGUAUGUACCUCCUUCUCUUUGAAUAUGAAAGUUGCUUCUAGAAUAAUGAAAAAUGCAAUGGGUGAGAGAGAGAGAGAGAGAGAGUAAGAUGAUGGAUGGAUGGAUGGAAUGUUAUGAGUUUGUGGUUACUAGUGUUUCUUGCUUGUUUGCUCAAAAAUGGAUCUUUCAAAUUUCCUAAA